AUCGUUCCUCCUCGGCCGUGACUGCAGGUCGCUUUUCGGCAGCGGUUAACCCGAGGCUCGGUCAGUCUGCGAGCGGUCGGAGGGAAGGGAUGGGGGAUCCAGCCAGCCUGAUGGAGACCACCGCCCCUCCUGUGGUCACAGCGACCAUGACAGCCGAGGAGCUGCAAGAUGGCGCCAAAACUCAGUCGGCCAGCAAGAACGGAAAGAAGUCGGACUCGGGCUCCAGCGGCAGCUUCUUCACCUGGUUCAUCGUUCUGGCCCUGCUGGGCGUCUGGACCUCCGUGGCCGUCGUCUACUUUGACUUAGUGGACUAUCAGGGAGUCCUCGACAAGGCUAAAGGCAUUCAGAUUAACCUGUCUGAGGCCUUGCAAGGUAAACUGGUGGCGUACGAUACAGACGGAGAUGGCGAUUUUGAUGUCGAGGAUGCUAAAGUGCUGCUAGGGCUGAAAGAGAAGGCCGUGGUGGUCACCCCCCGCCGUGAAGAGGCCGCCGCCCCGGUGGAGACCGCCGCUCCUACACCCACACCUGAAGCCGUGGUUGAGCCCGACCCCGCUCCCGUAGAGGAGGCCAUCGAAGCUGCUGUGGCCGAAGACACUGCUGUACCGCCGCCAGAGCCUGAAGCUGAGGAGGUUGCAUCUGAGCCAGAACCUGAACCAGAACCAGAACCAGAACCUGUGGAGCCAGAAGAGGUGAUUGAGGAGGACCCGCAGGUCCUGGAGGAGGAGCCUCCUGCUGUGGAGGAGGACACGCCCGUGCAGGAGGAGGCUCCGGUGGAGGAGCCCGCCGCUGAGGAGCCGGCAGCAGAGGAGGUGGAGGAGGCGGUGCAGGAGGAGGAGGAGGCGCCGGCCGCCGAGGAAGCCCCCGAGGCGGCAGAGGAGGAGAGCGUGAACGCUCCAGUGGAGGAGGAGGAGGAGGACUCCGCUCCUCCGGCUGAAGAGGAGGCGCCGGCGGCUGUGGAGGACGCUGUGGAGGAAGCAGCAGCUGAAGUAGCCGAGGAGGCCGUGACGGAAGAGGCUGUGGAGGAGGAAGCACCAGCAGCAGCGGACGAGGAGGAGGAGCAGGCCGCUGCCGCCGAGGAGGCUGUCGAGGUCGAAGCAGCAGCCCCAGAGGAGGAGGAGGUCACCACGGAGGAGGCAGUCCAGGAAGCAGAGGAGGAGGCUCCCGUCCAGGAGGUAGAAGCCGCAGCUGUGGAGGAAGAGGAGGAAGAGGCUGCUCCAGCUGAGGAAGAAGAGGCUGCUCCAGCUGAGGAAGAGGAGGCUGCUCCAGCUGAGGAAGAGGAGGCUGCUCCAGCUGAGGAAGAGGAGGCUGCCCCAGCUGAGGAAGAGGAGGCUGCCCCAGCAGAAGAGGAUGCUGCUGAGGAGGCCCCAGAGGAGGAGGAGGAGGAGGCAGCUCCUGAGGAAGAAGCUGCCGAGGAGGCGGUAGAAGAAGAAGUAACGGAGGAACAAACAGAACCAGCCACAGAGACGGUGGAAGUAACACAAGAGGAGGAGGAGGCAGUAGAGGAAGCAGCUGAGUUUGCCGAGACAGAAGAAGAGAAUCUGGACGAGCCCACAGAAACAUAGAGGCUGCCGCCGUUGCCGUGGCGACCAAGCGGGGCGCCACUGUUGUUGCAUCACCAGCAGCGCUCAGAGGGACGAAGCCUCUCUCCGCCUCCUGAGGAAUGAUGGAGUCGUCAUGACAACACUCGCCUCCUCCCGGCCCCCUGCUCCCGUCUGAAUCCCCCCUGUGUUUUUGUUUUUUUGUUUUUUUAUGGGGGGGGUUACUCCUCCUGUUUUUACCUCGUGUGUGUGUGUGUGUGUGUGUGUGUGCUUCAUUUCCUUCCUUCCAUCAGUCGGUGUGUGUCUGCACUGAAAGACGUGCACCAGUCAGACCCGUCGUUUGUUUGUUUGUUUUGAAGUCCGUCGGUCGGCGUUAGCAUAGCUUCAGAAGCUUCAUCCUUUUUCUAGAAGAGAACCAGCUCCUGUCAGGUGAGCUGAGGUCUGUAGAUUCUAUGCAAUUUCCUCCUCCUCCUCCUCCUCCUCCUCCUCCUCCUCCUCCUCCUCCUCCUCCUCCUCCUCCUCCCCGGUGUGUUCAUUUACCUCUCAGUAUGUGUUGACUCCAGGAUGAGCCAUGUGCUUGCACAUAACCUGUGUGUGUGUGUGUGUGUGUGUGUGUAAAGUGAGUUUCAUUAGUUAAUCAUUCCUUUGAGUUUUAGAUGUUUUGAAACUGUUUACGUGUGUGUGUGUGUGUGUGUGUGUGUGUGUGUGUGUGAGUGUGAGUGAGACAUUCCUAGAUUUUUUUUUUUCCUCCAUCUUUUCCUAAAUGAGCGCAGACCUUCAGGUGAGGACGCUGGAGCCUCACUGUGAGCUCCGGGUUCAGAGCAGCAAUGUAAACCAGGACAGAAUGGAUGAUAAAGACUUUUUCUGAUUUCUUGUUUUCCUCUCAAACACAAACUUGGCGCUCGCUGCGUGCCACCUCCUCCAGGCAGGCUGAAAGGCUUUUUGUUUUUUGUUUUUAACCCUGUGUGUUCGUUCUGUUGGGCCCACAGAGGAUCAUUACUGUGGAAACUCCAGCCAUAACCAGCUACCUGUUAUGUAACUUCACUGUCUCGGUUUUUCUUUCUUUUUUUUUUUUUUUUUUAAAGGAACAAAGAACUCUUUCCUCUCCUCUCCUCUCUCCUGUGUGGCAUCAGACCUGAUCUGUGUGUUUUAGAGGUUUAGCGUCGUCGUUCUUUGCUCCAGAUCAGACAGAAAUCAGCACGUAAUAGUUCUGUUGUGCUUUUACACUAACAUUUUAAACACAUCUCUGCGCGUUUUGGCCGUCAUUCCUGCAGCAUCUGCUCCAUGAAGGAUGCUGCGAAACAGAAAAGGUUGUCAUCAAUAGAUGGACCACAGCUUCGCAGAUCAUUUUUGUUUUUUGUUUUUCUCAUUAGAAGAGCCAAAAAAAAAAAAAAGAGAUGUUUUUGUGUGUUCUUUGUUAGGAGGUAAUGAAAACGUGUGUACAGUACGUGACGGCACACUAACUCUAUCCAGUCCCUUGCUGUCUCCUAUCUCCACUCACUGUAAGGACCAGGCUGUUUGUUCGGGAUGCGAAACAUUCCUGUGGUGUGCAGUAGCUGUUUUGUAGAAAACAACCUUUUUUUUUGUUUGUUCCUGUAAAA